AUGUUCAAGUUGAACAGGCACAGGCCUGGGAAAGCAGGGGAUAACAUCGAAUUCAAGUUCUCCCAUCUCCAGGUUUCUCAGGUAAUUUCACGUAUAUAGGAACGAGGCUUCAUGCCUAGGCUACGAAUUUCUGACGCGAAAUUCCGAAAACAAAUUUUAUGUUUGGGUUUUCUCGUGGUUUUUCUCUCGAGACUACAGUGCCGUCAAUGCUGGGGGUUUCUUCUUCUUUCCAAUUGUUACUUCUACUCCCGGGCUUGGAUGGGUUCCCUGGUCGUCUUCUCCUUUUAUUUAUUUUACGCUCUGUCCGGUGAGUUCUGUUCUUUCAAUGAACUUGAGAAAUUUGGUGACCUUGAUCAUGUUCAAAGCACUGGCCAUUUUUGGAAGACAAAAUGUAAGUAAAACACAAGAAUCUUUGCCGCUUUUUCUUUUGAUUACAUUCCAUCGUGAUCAGACGAAACACAUUGUUGAGUUCUGAGAAGCGAAUCUCUUUCUUUGGUGAUAGAUUCGUUGUCUCUCUCCCAUUCCUAUUAAUCUACCAUGUAUAAUAUAUAAUGGGUUGAUUAAUUGUACCAGGUUCCGAAAGGAUGGGAUAAACUGUUUAUUUCUCUCGUCUCUGUGGCAAGUGGAAAGACUAUUGGGAAGACUAGCAAAGCUCUGGUGCGCAAUGGAAAAUGCCAAUGGACUGAGGUUUUCUCAGAAUGCAAAUGUUUGCCUCAAUAUUAUUCUCCAAAAGAGCUCGAAGACUGUAUCUUCAAGUUUGUUGUUUCUAUGGUCUGAACACAAAAUCCUCUGAUAUCUGAUGUAUGCUGCCAAUGCUCCCUGGCUUCACGAGUUUAAUCAUGCCGAUCGGUGUUUGGCUGUAGGGUUCAACAAGGACUAGUAUUCUUGGAGAGGCCACCUUGAAUCUAUCAGAUCAUAUUACUCCAAGAGAUGCUGUUCCCGUCUCUUUACCAUUAACAAAAUUCAGUGAGGGUGCAAUUUUGCUGGUAAUACUAUGUUUUAAUGGAAUGUCUCUUAUUUUGAUUUCUGUUAGAUUUUCUUGUCUAAUCAUGACCACUUCACAACAAUCACGCAAUAUUAUACAUAUUAUACAUUCUACCUCUCUGUCUCUUGACAUCCACUGAAUUUUGGCUUUCUUAGUUGCUGAUUUUUUUUAAUAGUAUGGACAUAAUUUACAAAGCCAGUUGGCCGGCUGUCCAGGAACCUUGUGGUGAUUGUUCUUUCCUUUGUGAUUUUCAGCUCAGUGUUGAAUGCAUCACUCCGAUAAUGAAAUUCAGGUUCUUUAUUCUCUGAAGGUUCCACGAUGAAACUUAAAUUAUGUGUAUUAUUCCUUUUAUUUUAUUAUUUUAUUCCAUUACAUUUCUCAGGGAUGGAAGACAGUGGAGAGAGACAACCUUCCGCCAUGAACGUAUGAAUAUUGACACUGAUAACAUGGACGAUAAAUCAGAUGAAUCUGAUGUUGUGCUAAAUAGGAGCAUUGGAUCUUCUUCUAGCAACCACAUGAUUGGCAGCCCUUAUCCAGAUGAGCUUGGUCAUAAGGUGGGAUUCUCUCCUGUCCAAUUAACAGUACUGUUUCCCUAGAAAAAGAUUUCGAAUUCGCUACAAGCCUUUACUUAAUUGUUUUAACUAGGAUUAGCAGAUGAAUCACAGAAACUUACAUUUCUCAUGUUCUUCCUCGGCUAUCUGUGGAAGUCGUGACCCUUUAUUUUGGUUUCAUUCAGCUUUGAAGCCGUGUAUCAUUUCCACAUCUGAGAAAAAUAUUCUACCCAAAAAUUAAGUUCAUGAUCAUCCAAAAUUGCUGUCGCAAGUCGUAACCCAUCCUAUGACCUUCUUGGGAUAUCUGCACCAUCCAAAUAAUGCUGAUCUGGCUGUUCCUUGCUUCUUGAAAAAUAAUGAGUUGGAAAAACCGUACGUUGAAUUCAUUGAGUUUUAUGGUAAAAACAUAUGCUUCCAUUUUACUCACAAUUAUUUGAUUUAGAAUUAAAUGACCUGAUUCCAUCUCAAUGUACCAGACCGUUAGAUAUUUCUUGGUCAAUGCACUCCAUUUGUGCUGUCUACAUGGUAGAGUAAUCCGAAAGCCGGUCUGCUCGUGACAAGGGAUGCUAUAAUGAUCUGAUAUCAAGUGAGUCAUAAUCUGAGACUAAAUCUUUGUGCCUAAUCCUCUGGCCGCCAGUUGUUUCUGGGGUGGACAGUCCAAUUCUUUCAUAAGAGUUUCUCAGUAAUGUCGUAGAUUAGCUUAAUGGUUUCAGUUUCACGAGGGUUUCUCUAUCACCUAGGAAAAAUUGAGCAUUUUUGAAGAAAACUUUCAUGAUUUUUUAGCUUAUCUGGUUAGUCACAUGCAACUAGACUCUGAAACGAAGACACUGUUUGCUUUAUUUCAUAAUGCUUCUCCCCACGGCUCAUAUUGUUCUACACGGCAUCAUCAUCUAGUAUCAUAAUAUUAUGCUGUGACUAAUUAGUGGGGUGAUAUUAUGCACAUACUCUUUGUUAAAACCUUGUUCUUCAAGUUCAAUGAACAAAAAGAAUGGUCCAUUAAUGGAUUUCACACUCAGAAGUGUGGAUUUUACACACUGUGUUCUUCUUUCUUCAGGACAUGAAUCUCUCAGCAUCAGGUUCCCAUCGAAGCUCGGACUCAGGAGAGAGUUUCAUAGGGAGGACAAAACUUUCUCCCAUGAACAGUCAGAGUGGAGCGUAUUCUCAAAUUCUGAGGCAAGACUCCUCUGGCUCUCAAUGCAGCUCUGCUUGUGCUGCCACAGAGGAUGCUUCCAGAUCAACUUCUUCGCUCUUAAACUCAAAGGGGGCUGGCCCAAAUCGUUGGCAAGAUCGAAAUGGAGAUCCUUCAAAGGAACUCCUCGAGGCUGCCCAAGAAACAAUCGAGGAGCUCCGAGGAGAGGCCAGGUUGUGGGAGAGGAAUGCGCGGAAGCUGAAGGCUGAUCUUGAAGCACUGAGGAAAGAAUCCAGCGAUCAAUCAAGGCAUCAGGAAGAUGUUGAGAUGGGGCUCAAAGAUGCCCACAUGGAAAUAGACAACCUGAAGUCGGAGAUUGAACGGCUGAGGUCAUCAAUGAAGGACUUCCAGGCAACAGAGGCUGUUUCGAGGUCUAAAUUUCUCCAAGAAGGUCAGAUCCACAGGCAGAAGGAGCUGGAGGACGAGCUGAGAUUUCACAAGGAAUCUAAUGCCAGUUUAUCUCUGCAGUUAAAGAAAACUCAGGAGUCCAACCUUGAACUGGUUUCCAUUCUCCAGGAGCUAGAAGACACCAUUGAGAAGCAGAGGCUGGAGAUUACAAGCUUCUCCGAGGGAACGUUUGGGCGUAAGAGAUCCUCAGAAGAUGAACACAUGGUAGAUUUGGCGAAGAAAUCACCUGAUUUCGAAGAUCCUCGGGGCACGAGUCAAGGAUCCGGCAGCGGAAAUGCCCCAGACCUCACAAGAGAGAUAAAUACUUUAAAGGCUAAAAUUCAGGAGCUGGAAAGGGAGUGUACUGAACUUACUGAAGAAAACCUUGGACUUAUGAUCAAGAUGAAGGAACCAAAGAAGGAUAUUGUCAAAAACGAAAUCUCUCUUGGGUGUACACCUCAGAUAUUUCUUGGUAAAUUUUCUUCCAGCGAUCCUGGAUCAGACAUUUUUCAAUAUAUGACAAAAGUGCAUCAGGCGGCAGAGGGGUUGGUGAGCAAGGAGGUCGGAGCUGGGCCCCCCAGUGAACCCUCUGUCAUCCUAUUCAAAGACCUUGAGAAGAAAUGUGCUGAUCUUGAGGUUGAACUGCAGGAAUUUAAAGACACAGCUUCCAAUCUCAGCGCAAAAUUAUGUGAGAGUCAAAAGGAGGUGGAGAAGAAAAGUCUUGAAUUGAACGAUAUUAGAAAAAAGAUGAAAGAGUAUGGACAGCAAGAUUGCUUUUCAGAAAUCUCGACUGUAUUACCCGCAAUAUAUGAUCAAGUGCGCCUCUCUCUAUUGCAUAUGAGAAGCUUUCCACUGUCAAAUAUAAAUACAGAAACUGAACUUAGUCUCGACUUAAUUCCCUGCGACAUAGAUUCGGUCAGUCAGAAAGAUCAGGAAGAGAUCAUUAUGAGAAGCUUAAGUCUGUUGAGUAAUCUACUGGAGACAAAAAAUUGUCAAUGCAAAGACAUGUUUCAAGGUGGAAACUUAGAGAUCGGACAAAAAAAUAAGAGUUCAUGGGAAACCCACGGGCAGAUAAAAGGCUGUGUAUCAAAUGAAGAAGAAGGAAGCUUCACAAGGGAGCUCGAGUCCGGAAGUAGGCACCUCAAUGUGGAUCUACUGGGUUGCAUGUCCGACAUGGAAGAAAUGAAAGCCAGAAUCUCAUUGAAAGAAGGUGAGAUUGACAUUCAAAGUCGUACGAAACAGGAAUUGGAAGAUCUGUUUUCUGGUAUUCAAGACGAGAAAAGUAAAUUGGUGGAAGAUUUGGGAAUCGCACUGACAGAUAAUAAUAUUUCUUCUAAAUGCUUGGAAGAUAUGAAUAAGGAGAUUCAGAAACUCAACACCAGCAUGGAUUCACAUAUAUUGGCUAAAAAAUUACUUGAAAGGAAGUCACAAGAGCUUGAAAAGGGCAAGCAUGAACUAGAACUCCAUAUAACAGAGCUGGAAAAGGAAAAUGUAGGGCUAUCCGAACGUAUAUCUGGCCUGGAAGCCCAGUUACGUUAUUUGACAAAUGCCAAGGAGUCUAGUAGAUUGGAGUUGGAGAACUCUAGACAUCUUGUGAUGAACCUCAGGGAUGAGAUUCAGACCUUGGGCACUGAUAUGGAGAAAGAAAAAGAGGAGCUACAUCAAAAGUUGCAAGCUGCACAAGGACGGUUGACAGAGGCAGUAGAAGAGACAGAGUAUCUAAAGAGAUCUCAUUCCAAAUUACAAGUAACAGUUGAAAGCCUCAUUGAAGAAUGUAGUUCCCUACAAAGAUUAACCAGCGACUUGAAAAAGCAGAAACUGGAGUUGCACGAUCAUUCUACCCUCCUAGAGGUCCAAUUGAACGAAUCCGAAAAAAAGAAUGCCGAUUUCAGUAAUAAACUUGAGAUAUUUGAGACGAAACUUUCAAUGCUGCAGAAAGACGCUAGUUUUAAGGAAAGAUCACUCCUUUCUGAAGUGGAGACUAUGUUUCAAAAGCAGAAGGAACAUGAAGAGAAGCUCAGCCAAGCAAAUGACCUACUAAAUCAGAUGGAACUUGAAAAGGGAGCCGAACUAGAGAACCUCAAGCGGGAGAUCGCACACUUGACUGCGCAGCUAUCUUUGAAUCAUAAUGAAGACGAAACAGUUACUUCAGAUGGUAUAGAAGUGUCCGAAUUGCGAGCAGAUAAAGUGAAAUUGGAAAACAGUCUUCAAGAGAUCCAAUCUAAGGCUAAAUCAUAUGAAAUGCAGAUACAAAGUAUCAGGCAAGAGUUUGGCAGUAACACACAGAGUUUGAUUGGUCUUCUCAAUGCAUCGAAGGAGAGUGAAGACAUGUUGAUGGCUGACAUUGGGCAUAUGAAGAGGCAAAUGGAGAAGAUGAAGUCUGAGGAAGAAAAGGUUAAAAAGUUAGCCAAUGAGCUUGAGUUGAAGCUUAAAUCAUCUGAAUAUGAGAAGCAGCAGCUACUAGAGGAGGUCUCCAAUCUGAAGGUUCAGCUGACGAAGAUAACCCAGCUUCAAGAUGAAGUGACAGUCCUGAAGGGCUCCCUUGAUGAAGAAAAGUUUAAAAAGACUAAACUAGAACAAUCGCUGCAUGUGAUAUCUGAAGAGUGCGAGAAAUUAAAAGCGGAGAACAGUUCAUGCAAGGAGAAGAUUUCUACGAUGCAGAAAGCCUUAUUUGGUCUGGAAGGUGAUAGGCGUACCAGGGUUGCCUUGGAAGAAAAGCUUUUGAGAUUAGAAUGCGAUCUAAAUGCAAAGGAAGCGUUGCAUGCUCAAGAAAUGGAGCUGAAGAACGAACUAAGCCGGAUGAAGAGAUCAAACAGCCAGUAUCAACGAAAGAUGCAGUGCAUUGAGGAAGAAAGGGAUGAACUCACCAGAAAAGUCCAAGUGCUUGAGAAGGAUCUCAGAUCAAACAAAACUGAGAGUGAAGACGGAGAAAGGCUUCCAGCUGUGGUAGGCAUCAAAUGCUGUUCUGUAUUCGACGUAAUUAUGCAAAUUAUUCAUGAGAAGCAGAGUACCGAGCUUUUGCUUCUUUAAUAUUCGAGAUGUUUUUCGUCUAUUGCAUGGUUAUUGAAUCUAAAUCUCAAUCUAGGAUCACAGUCACCAUCAGUGUUAUUGCAGCUUUUUGCAUGGCCAAGCGAUAGAGUGAAUCAUUCAAUCUUAUUGAUCUUUUACCAUCUUCAGGCCGAUAAAAGUCUACCCCAUAAUAUGGAGAGGUCACAGAGUGUGAACAUGGAUGAUCUGCAGGCAAAGAUCAUCCCCCUUCAAACUGAACUUGCCGAGGCUUUGGAGACGAAUAACGUGUAUAAAGAGCAACUCAAACGGUAAGUUCUAAAUAUGAACCAUAAUAUGAUUCCCACUCCAUACAUCUUGAGAUCGUAUACGCUUCACGCCAGAUGACUAAUCUAUUGACGUAAUGCGGUCGUGUAGACUCCUCGCCGAGAAAGAAGCCAACGCUGAGAACGCAUCCAAGAAUUCUGCAGCAGAAGCCGCGCAAGUCGGAGGGCGCGACGACCGGCUCGAGACCGAGUUGAAGGAGAUGCGUGAGCGUUACCUUCAGAUGAGCCUCCGAUACGCAGAGGUCGAGGCUCAGAGAGAAGACCUGGUGAUGAAGCUCAAGUCUACCAAGAAAGAGAAGAGGUGGUUCUCCUGA